AAAGCUGAUUCACCAUUUCCCUUUGUUUUUUAACUUCUCUCCAGAGUAGCUCACUUCAUCCCAGACAUCAUGCCUCUUGUGUCCAGUGACCAGUUUCGAAUCAAACCGAUGGUUACCAACACCAGACUUAUACUGGGAGUACUGGCCAAGUGCGGCAGUGUGAGAGUAGACUCAGUGGAGGACUUCGCCUACGGAUCAGAGAUUCUCAUCAACACCAUGGACAAGGUGUGCAGCCGCCCUGCACUGCAGGGGGAGGAGGCAGCCAGGAGGGCUGAGAGGCUGCGGGGUGACGCAGCCUACAGUCUGCUGUGGUACAACUGUGAGCACUUUGUCAUGUACUGUCGAUACGGCACCGCCAUGAGCUUCCAGACGUUUCAGGUGACACUCAAUGGCAGAUAUUAG